CAGAUUUGACACUCACUUUCGGCAACCACGAAGAGAGGUUACUCUUCCCUUGAGUUUUUCACAUAUUCGAACUCUUUUGAAAUAGUUCUCUUAUUUUUGUAGUGAAUCAGUUACAAUAGAUUUGGAAAUGCCGAAUGCCCAAAAUAUACAUGCAUAGAAAUUGUAACCGAUUUUGGAAAUUGGAAACCCUAAGCCGAAAAUGGAAAUGCCCAAAUUCCAAAUUGGAAACCCUAAGCCGAAAAUGGAAAUGCCCAAAUUGGAAAUCUGAAACCCUAAGCCGAAAAUGGAAAUGCCCAAAUUGGAAAUCUGAAACCCUAACCCGAAAAUGGAAAUGCCCAAAUUGGAAAUCUGAAACCCUAAGCCGAAAAUGGAAAUGCCCAAAUUCCAAAUUGGAAACCCUAAGCCGAAAAUGGAAAUGCCCAAAUUGGAAAUCUGAAACCCUAAGCCGAAAAUGGAAAUGCCCAAAUUGGAAAUCUGAAACCCUAACCCGAAAAUGGAAAUGCCCAAAUUACAAUAGUUCUCUUUUCACUCGUUCGUUGUGAUGUUCCAGAGAAAUACCACUGAUUCAUUUGAAUGUCCUAUUUAGUUCAUUUUAACUGUUAAGACGGUUAAGAAUACUAGGAUAGUGAAUUUCAGCUAAUAUAUAAGAAUUUUAUAUACGGACCUGAUUGACAUUGUGAAAUAAAUAGGACAUUCAAAUGAAUGCCCUUUCAAACUUGUAAACUUGAAACCGAAUGACCAAAAUGAGCACAUAUUCAUCUAUUUUUGACAUACAUAGGUAUGAUUACUCUUUUGAGGGGGAGUCAUUCCUUUCUCAAUCCUUUCUCAAUUAAUCAGUGUUUCAUUCCUUUCUCAAUUAAUCAGUGUUGUAUUUUUGCUGCCCAAAUUUUUCUGAAGCUUAGAAUUAAUAUAAGAAUAUGUCAUCAUCCACAACGACGUCCUCUACCUCUUUUGGCAAACGAACUCCGGGCCAUCCAUUAUGCUUUUGUGAGAUUGAAGCCCAAAUGAGAUACUCAAAUACAAAAAAAAAUCCAGGCCGAGCCUUCCUAAGUUGUGCAAAGUACAACAAAGAGGGAAUUCCAUAUUGUAAGUAUUUCAAGUGGGUAGAGGAUGAUGAAUACAUGGCAUUGGAUCGUGAAGAAACUCACAAUGAAGUAUUAAGUAAGGAGAAAGAGCUGAAGAAACUAAUCAACGACUUUGAAAACCUCAUUAUUGAGUUGCGUAGAAGAGCAGAUGAGAUAAAUUUAGUACUGUCCAAUAGAAAUGAGGAGUUACUGAGGGAGUUGGUUGCUGUUGUACGUGAAGCUGAAAUAAGACGUUCACGCACAUUACUCCGUGUGUUUUGGACUUUUGCUUUUGUUGUAGCAUAUUACUUGAUAGUACAUAGGUGAAUUUCAUAUCAUAUUAGUGUUAGAAACCUCUUUUGGCUGCUGUGGUUAUGUAAUGUUAUUUACUACUUAGUUUUAAUUUUCAACCAUGUAACUAGCAGCUACCUAACAGGACUGGAACCAUUGUAAUUUUCUCAUUUUGUAUUGUAUUUCCCGUUUCUGAA